AUGGACGCGCAACGACCAGCUUCUCAGAAGCUGCCCGCUGGCUUAGCAGGGGUCCUCAACCCGGACGAAAACCGCGACUCGGCCUACUUCUCCAGCACAGAUGCUUCCAGCAAGCACAACUCUGCCGCUUCCUGUGCCAAUGUCCUCAGCCCUACCGGAUCAGGCUACCAGUCUUCGUUGGCCGACAAGACGCCGUCACCCAUCACUGCGAACCUAGUCCCUCAUCCUUUGGUGUCGCCUGCACAGAGCAACAUGAGCGUCGCCUCCAUGGUCUCGCCAACGACACCGGGCAGUGCCGACCCUCGUCGAUUCGAGCGACCGAUAUCUUUGGACUCGGGCCAUCAACUUCUAGCCCAUGACCUGGGCUCCGCAUCACGAAGAGAGAGCGUCGACAGUAGGAUAAACCAAGGUUUCCACGAUAUGAGACUGGGCGGCAACUCCCCGUACGCGAGCCACAACCAAUCUACGACGUCGAUACAAAAUACUCUCAACCAGCAACGGAACCCGCGUCCUGGUCUGGAUAAUCUAUCGGUACACCGCAUCUCCAACGGCUACCAGCCAAGUAAUGACAGAAAUCCUGACCCUAAUCCCAAGAUAAUCCGAACCGCUCCCGCUAUUACGGGCCCCGCGACGAGCAACAUUGCGAGGGCCGCCGAGCCGACUAAGGGUCAAGCCUGGGCGUUUCCCGAGGAGGAGAUUCAGCGAAUUGGGCCUCACGACGCCUACCUCGACUCUCGGCGCAGUAGUGUUGCCGAGUCCAUCGCCAGCAGUCAGUUCACCACCGAAUCGAGAUUACCUCCCGGUCAAAGACGCCUCGAUGAGCCCGCCGACUACAACAACCGUCUUUCGAGUACAUCGUCCGAGUUCCCACCCGUGCAUCACCACUCGCUGCAACACAAGCAGAUCGGCGACCUUCGCGACGACGACGCCGCGUCACGGACGGGCUCUCAGCCUUACAGCCGCACACCUGAACUGCGUAAGAGUCACAAGCUGGCGGAGCGCAAGAGGAGGACAGAGAUGAAAGAGCUGUUUGAUCAGUUGCGAGAUUUGAUGCCACAGGAGCGAGGUUCCAAGGCAUCCAAGUGGGAAAUCCUCACCAAAGCAAUUUCGGAGCACCAGCGAAUGGCGGAGCUCAUCCGCAUAGUGCAGGGUCAAAAUACGAGCGUGGUUCAGGAGAACGAGGGCUUGCGACAGGACAACCACAACCUUCGUGUCGACAUUCAACGCCUUCAGAACGAGCUUCACAAUCUGCGGCUUCAACAAUCACCAACGGGCCAGGCUCCUCCCCCUCAGGUUCAAGUAGCGCCACCGCCCCCGCAGCAGGCCUCUUACCAAACGGACCCGUACGCGAACCGCCGCGAGCUCCCGCCGAUCAGGGGUUUGAAUGGUGCAAUGCCUAACGGGCCCGAAUCCAUGACCGGGGUUCAGUACGAGGCUCCGAGGAUGAACGGAUACCGUCCCGAGAGGAAUUCCAUCCGUCGCACGGCCACCCGUGCCAGCUUGACCCGCGCCGUCUCGACCGCCACCUCGGCCGCGCCCAAGACACAAUCCAUCGCCUUCGCCCUUCGCUCAGUGAACGCCGCGCGAUGCUUCUCCAUCGCCGCCCCCAGAGCCUUCUCCAACUCCAUUGCUCGUCUUGAGGAGCAGCGGGACCAGAGAUCACCGGACGCUCGCCGGAUGCCCGUCAGCGAGCACUGCGUCUUCGUCCAGAACUACCCCUUCCAAAUCACGCGCGAUGAGCUCACCGAGGCCUUUUCCAAGUUUGGACAAGUCGUGCACGUUCACACGCCAAUGAAGAAGACGUUCUGCUUCGUCUACUACAAGACCGCCGAGGAGGCCCAGGCCGCCGCUGACAACGUGGACGGCACCUUCUGGCACGGCCGCCGCAUCGUAGUCAAGGUCUCGGAGCCCAAGGGCCGCCGCGAAUCACCGGCCAGCGGCAACAACAACACCAGGAGAGAGAGGAAGCCGCAAUACAGCGGCCCGCCGACCAACACCAUCUUCAUCGGCAACCUCUCCUUCGACGCCACCGACGCCGAGCUCAACCAGCUCUUCAGCGUCUUCAACAACGUAAAGGACGUCCGCGUCGCCGUCGACAAGCACACCGGCUGGCCCCGCGGCUUCGCCCACGCCGAGUUCAAGACCCUCGAGGAUGCCGCCGCAGGCAUCGAGGCCGUCAACGGCAAGGAGCUGCGCGGGCGCAACGUCAUCGCCAACUACGCCCCCGAGCGCAAGGAAGACGCGGACGCCGCCCAGGCCGCGGAGCAGAGCAAGCACCAAAAGACCGACUGGAACGCUUAA